CGAGGCCAGAAGGGCAGGUCCGUCACCCGCGCGGCUGCUGCGCUUGCUUCUCCGUUCCGACCGCGGGCUCCGGCGAUCUCUACUGACCACCACGCCCAAACAUCAAGACGCUUGCUGCCGCCAGGAUCUCAUCUCCCAGUGUUCCCUGCGGCGUGCGAAUUUGUUUCUGUUUUAUUCUGUGAAUAGACUUGGACUCAUCGCAGCCAUGGGCCUUUCCUAUCCAGCUGGUCUUGCGACGUUCUCCCUGACCGUGGUCGGAGCUUAUAUGCUCUUCCACGGCAAUGGAGAGGCAUUUAACGUCGGUCAAUUCCUCGAAAGCGUCUCCCCGUACGCAUGGGCGAACGUUGGUAUUGCGAGCUGCAUAGGUCUGUCCGUGGUUGGAGCAGCAUGGGGUAUCUUCCUUACCGGUUCCUCGAUCGUUGGUGGAGGUGUCAAAGCUCCCAGAAUACGAACGAAGAACUUGAUCUCCAUUAUUUUCUGCGAGGUCGUCGCUAUCUAUGGCGUCAUUAUGGCCAUCGUCUUCUCUUCGAAGUUGAAUCUCGUUGCAGGUGAUGGCAUCUACUCGAGCAGCAACUACUACACUGGUUAUGCUCUCUUCUGGGGAGGAAUCACCGUGGGAGUGUGCAACCUGAUCUGUGGUAUCUCCGUCGGUAUCAAUGGAAGUGGCGCAGCUCUAGCAGAUGCCGCGGACCCCAGCCUCUUCGUGAAAAUCCUCGUUAUCGAGAUUUUCAGUUCCGUCCUUGGACUUUUCGGACUGAUUGUUGGUCUGCUGGUGGGAGGGAAGGCUCUGGAUUUCGAGUAGAUGGUAGCAGUUGACAGUUAGAGAUCGAGGAUUCGGGGCAGUUAUGGAGAAAAGUGGUCAGUGCGCAGGAUAUCACACCAUGACAUUUUCCUUUCCAUGAUAGCGUAUAUAGCAUUGGGGCGUAUGGUCUCGACAUGAUUGUAAGAUUUCUCGUUUAUGGAUUCGGGGGCAUGAUGCCACUGGUUUCCCUGUAUCUUUCCGGGCUGGUGUACAUUAUUAAGGCUAUGUUCUGGAAUAUGAAAUGAAUCACACCCUGGAUACUCACAUUAGAGUGAAAGAUAUUCUACUGCGACACCAUUUGUUUUUCAAGUCAAUCUGAGCUAUCUCUGUCAUGGAAC